AGCUCAGGAGGAGGGAGAAGCUACAGGAUUUCUUGCUUGGGAAAUAAAUGUGAGAUAACUUGUGGCAUUUACAAGCCAGCAGAAUGAAGGAGAUCAUCUUCUUGCUGCUCCUAUUGCACUUACAGAGUGGCAGCAUUGGAUUUAACACACCAGGAAAGCUCUGGACCACAGGCCAGGGUGGUGAAAGCCAGACAAGACACUCAGACUUGACUCCAUCUCCAUCCACAAUUGUGGGGUCACCCCAUUCUGAGAUCCAAGCUGCCAAAGUGACUGCCUCACAGGGACCUCCUUUUGCAUCUUCAGGCAAGACUCUGGGAAUGAAAGCCAUGAAGAAAACCUCCAAUCCUACAACCUCUAGCCCUGCAAGCCAGUCAAAUGGACACAGUGAUGGUGACUCUGAGAAAAAUAACACGGCAAGCUCAUCUAGCAGCAAAGGGACAUCUCUACAGAGCAAUGCUAGAGAGGUCCCUCUCCAGCAAGAGGUCACUACAAGCCAGGAUACAGCUACAGGGAACAGAUCUCUCCAGCAGUCAUCGCACAGCACUGGUAUCACCAGCACCCAGAAGGAUGGCAACUCCAAAACAUCUGGCUUUGAAACUACCAGGGGAAAAAACUGGUGUGCUUAUGUCCAUACCAGACUCUUGCCUACAGCGGUAGUGGACAAUCUGGAAACCUUCUCAUCAGGCAGAGCGAAGCCUUGCACUUGGCAUAUUGGAUCCUGUGCUCAGAGGUCCCAGACAACAACACACCAAGCCUACAGAAUCAAACAUAAAAUACUAACAUCACUGGAGUGGAAGUGCUGUCCUGGGUACAGUGGGCAAAACUGCCAACCCAAAGCUCAAGAACAACAAUCACUUAUACACAGCAACCUGGCUGAAAGCAGCAGAACUAUCAGUGAGAGGACACCAGGAGCUCCUCAGGACCCCAGUGGGCCAGCACUUACACAAAAAAUGAAUGAGAAGAUUAGCAGCCAGGAGAUGAAACUGACUUUUCUACAGAAGAAGGUUGACAGCAUUGCUGCUGCGAUGAAUGAUGUGAGCAAGACGCUUUCUUCUCUGGAAGGCAAAAUCAAUGAAGAUAAGGGCAAAGACUUCCAGUCUUUUCUAAAAGGUCUCAAAUCCAGAAACGUUAAUGAAUUAGUCAAAGACCUUGUCAAAGAGCACUUUGAAGUAUUUCAAGGUGAAAUGCAAGAGAGCAUGGCUCAGAUUUUCAAGGCUGUGUCUAGUUUGUCAGAUGAUCUUGAAAAUACGAAAGAAUUAGUCAAGCGUCUGAAUGAAACCCAACAAAAAUUUGCUCAGGAGAAAGACAGUGGGCCAACAAAGCUUGACAUUCUGGAGCUAAAGAGUCAUAUGGUGCAGAUGAAAGAGGAAAUGACCCUCACUUGUGACAAGCCUAUGAAAGCUUUACAGGAAAAGCAGAAAUCCUUGGAAGAUAACUUGGAGCAUCAACAAUCAAGAAGUGUCAUUUAUUAUGAAUCUUUAAAUAGGACUCUUACUGAAAUGAAAGGUGCUCAUGAACAGCUAUUAUCAGCUGAACAGUCUUCAAGCCAAAACAUCCCUUCAGCAGAUAAAGUCACGGAGUACAAUGUUACAGAGUACAUGUUCACAUUGCAUGAGAAAGUAAAGAAACAAGGCAUGAUGGUGCUGCAGAUCUAUGAUGACUUAAGGGUCCAAGAUAGCAAGAUCAGCAAUCUCAGUAUUGCACUGGAAAUUCAGAGGCACUCUGUUCUGGGGGUCUGUGAUGACAUGUUGUCAGAGAGCAGAAGGGAUUUCCAAACACAGCUGGCAGCAGCUCAAGAGAAUGUACUUGUCCUAAACAAAAGUCUCUCUGACCUGGUUCUUCCAUUGGACAAUAAGAUGGACAAAAUGAAUGAGCAAAUUAAUGAUUUGUGCUAUGAUAUGGAGAUCCUGCAACCCUUGAUUGAACAAGGGGUUCCUUUUAGUCUGACUUCAGAGUAUGAGCAACAAAUCAAAACUGAAGAAAUCAGUGAGAAGCUUGAAAACCUCAUUACUGUCAUUAACAGAAUGAGUUCUGCAAUUAAGGAGCUUUCCAAAACUCAAGAAGGACUUAAAAAUGAAUCUCAAGCUUAUCAGGAACUGUUUGAGAGUCGUGUUAAUGAAUGCUCCAUGGAACUAGAAGAUGGGUUAAACAAGACCAUGAUAGUAAUAAACAAUGCUAUUGAUUCUAUUCAAGAUAACUAUGUACUGAAAGAUAUGCUACGUGCUCUAAGAAAUGAGACUGAAGUCUGCUGUGGCAGAGCUGAGAAACUGGACAGCCUCCUGGCUUUCAUUCCCCAAUUCCAACAGUUGAAUGAAUCCCUCCAGACACUGCUCCUUGGUAAGAAGUAUGAGUUCACUUCACAAGUAGCGCCACCCCUUUCUGAUCUUCCAUACGAGGAGUCUGACAAAAGUAUCCUCCACAAUUUCAGAAGAGUUUUCUAUAUUUUAAAUGAUACAUUGUCAAAAGUGGACAAUCAACAACAAGAUAUCAGCCACCUGGAAGAAAAACUAUUUGACUCUGUGGAGGAAUCAAGGGACCAUGAGGUUCGCCUUCUGAAUGUGGAGUCAAAAAUUUCCAAGUUUUUGGCAAACAACUGUGUCCCACUGAAAAAAACCAAAGCUGCCUCGACAGAGAAAGAACUAGUGGUCUCACUUCAGCUCCAGACGCUGAGUUCCAGGAUCAAGGCCCUGGAAGCCAAGUCGAUCCGCUUCUCAAACACUAUUCCAUUUCUGAACAAGACUGCUCAUGAGGCCUGGGGGCUGUGUCAGGAUACCAACAACAGCAUCCAAAAAGUGAAUGCGAGUAUACCUCUGCUAAUUAAACUUGCUCAGCCAGAUAUCCCCCUGCUGCAGAGAGGCCUCAAAGAGCUCAUUGAAUCUGUGCUUGAAAUAAAAGCAGGAACCAUCUUGACAAAUUUAACCCAGCGUGUUGACAUAUCGGUGGCAAAUGCAAUGAACAACAUCACCAAACUUCAGAAGCAGGUGAAACCGGUUAUAAAGAAACCAGCCCCAGCAAAAAAAGGAGCAGCAAAUGUAACCAUGGGCCUGGCAAGCCGAAGUCAGAGAAACACAGAUAAUACUAUAGAUCCAGGGCAGUAUUCAGCUUGUGUCAGUUCCCCAUGCCACAAUGGAGGAACCUGUAUCAACGACAGACAGAGUUUUAUUUGUGCUUGUCGCCACCCCUUUGGAGGAGUCAACUGCAGCACGAAGCUGGUGAACGACAAUUCUCUGAGUGUUGAUUUUUCAAAAGGAUCAUACAGAUAUGCACCUAUGGUGGCUUUUUUUGCCUCUCAUACGUAUGGAAUGACGACUCCAGGACCCAUCAGAUUUAACAAUCUGGAUGUCAACUACGGAGCUUCAUUUGCCCCAGCAACCGGGAAGUUCCAUGUUCCAUAUCUGGGGGUCUAUGUUUUUGAAUAUACCAUUGAAUCAUUUAGUCCACGUGCCUCUGGCUAUCUGGUCAUUGAUGGAAUAGACAAACUCACUUUUCAGGCUGAAAAUAUUAAUAGUAACAAGUACACUGACAGAGUAAUUACUGGGAAUGCUUUAUUAGAGUUAAACUAUGGUCAAGAAGUUUGGCUCAGGCUGGCAACUGGCUCUAUACCAGCCAAGUAUCCACCAGUAACUACGUUUAGUGGUUACUUGUUGUAUCGUACCUAAGUCAGUCAUAAAUGUAAACAGUUGCCAUCAAGUGAAGCAACUUGCAUGUGAAUUUAUCUUUGCCUUUAAAUACUUUGUUUCUUUAACAGCAGCAAGUUUCUCAAAGUAACCAGUGUGAUGGUGUUUGAAGUGCUGAUUCUCCAAGAAGUUGCUUGGUUGUAGCCAUGUGUGCAUUUACAAAGAGAGUCCACAGGUUGGAGAUAGGGGAAAAAUAAGCAUCUUCCUUAUAUAUAAGCAUGACUGGGAAGCACAAAUCAAAUUAUGUUCUACAUUUACAUUGCAUAAACGUACUUACACAAGGUUGCUGAGAAUCAGUUCUCAAGAAAAAUCAAAGCUGGUUUUGAUUAUUUCUUUACAACCUGAGUGCAUACCAAAGGUGAUGGAUAGAUUUUGAUGACUCAGAUGCUGGGUUACUACUUAGCUCAUUGUAUCAAGUCAUAAUCGUGUAUAUAUUCUGUUUGGAAAAAAUAUAUUUCUUUUCAUUUUGUCUGACAUCAUUCACCACAUAUCUUGAUAUGUCAGCGUUUAACUGAUUCAUGAUUUUUUUAUGUAACCAGUAUGAUAACAAACUGGUUUUUACCUAGCAGAAAAAAAACCCAAGAGGGGAUACUGAAAAGCUGCAUGUCGAUAAAUUCAGUUUAGAAAUAAGGUGCUCAUUUUUAGCAGUGAAUAUAAUUUGUCAUGGGAAAAACAUUAUAAUGGAUUUGGUGGAGUCUCUCUGUUGCUUGAAGCAUUUAAACCACAGCUGGAUUUUUCUUAGGCAAUAUGUUUUUGACCAAACAUGGUUAUAUUGGAUUCACACAGAUUUUAGCGUGUAAACUUUGGCCUACAAAGUACACAAGGUUAAAUGAGAUAAUCAUACUUUCUAAGCUUGAGCUCUAUAAUGCUAUGAUUUUAUUUGUUUCUGCAUUAUAUUCACUAACUACUAAGGCAAGAUGAAAUGAACUUCAGUCUGCAUAAACCAGAAUGUGAUUUCCAAGCACCAAACCAAUAAAAAAAAAAAAAAAUUUUAGUUCAUGCUAUGACUGCCUGAAUAAAUAAACCCUCAGGUUCACCUCCUUAUCAGUUGCAAAGUCCUGGGUUGCUGCAGUUUCUUGAUAGCCCAUUGACUGGUGUGACUGGCCAGGUUUGCUUCUGGUUACUGCCUUUGUUAAUGCUAAUUGAUCAGGUUUUAUGUCUCUGUGUUUGUCUCCCUCCCUUUCCUUAUCCUCUGAGCUGAGAAAAUAAACUUUCUCACACUCCACAUGUCCUUACCAAUUAGUGCCACCAGCCAGGUUUGUUCUCAUCACUACCUCCCUUACCAUGUGUCAGGCAGGUGUGUCUCUGCUUGUUCUUGUUUAUGGCUCCUUUGACCAGCUACCCUUAAAGGAGCAGAUGCUCUCCUUCCGUGGCCCUUACAGUCAGUUAUUGUUAAUCGUUGUGCUCCAGUGAUCUAUGGCAAUUUAUGCCCAGAAUGUUUUGAAGUUCCCUGAAUAAUUUUGUUUUCCAGUGUCAGGAACUUUUAUUGAAAACACAUGAGAAUCUUCAGCUCUCUUCUUAGGUAUUACUUAGUUAAUGUGCCUUACCAGGUCUUAAGGUGAAUGUCCAUGACAUGAUUGAAUUCUCCCGUGCUGUAUAUGUCAGGUAAGAUAAUCCACAGCACCUUUCCUCAGGUGUAUAAAACUACACUUUGUUGUUCAAAACUGAAAUGUGCAUUCUCCACCAGGAGCAUUGGUACUGAAGCGUGUCUGUGGGCGUGUGUCUGUGUGCACUGGUUACCUGAACUACAGAAGUGUGCUGCACUGAAAGGCAUUCUCCCAGCUUCAGGGGGGGGUAUCCUACCAUGGCUUGUGGUUAAGGAGAGCAACUGAGAAUUGAUGAAAGCUUUCAAUCCAAGCUCAUUUUCUGAGGCCCUAAAUCCACUAAUUAAUUGUUAAGAGAUUUUGCAGCACACAAAUAGUUAUUAAAAUAUCCUAUGUUUCCUUGAAGGAUCUGAAAAAAAAACAGAGCCACUACUCUAAGGGUCAAUUGCAAAUCUUGUUAACAGGUUGGGAUGUUUUACUGUUGCUUGUAAUUUUGUUUUCAUUUUUUUUUGAGGCCAGAAAUCCUUUUUUCUUUGUACCUGAUGGAUUCUUAUUGUACCACGAACCCUGAAUGAGUGUGCUACAGACCUUUCUCCUGUUGCAUACCAUAUUUUUCUGUAAACACUCAAAAUCCUUGAUACGGCACUAACUCAGCCUACUGUAGCAUUGAAUUUUAUUAAAUAUAAUGACCACAAGCCCCAAUCCCUCCUUGUAUGAUUUUUUCAUUUUAAUGUGUUUAGCCCUCUUCAUUCCUGCUGUGGCUAUGGCUAAAUGGCGUGAAAAUUACUCUGCAGAUGAAAUUCAAAUGACCCACCAGAGACUGCAUCUCUGUUUUAAUGUGACUUUCUUCGCCCUUGCUGCCCUUGCCACUAAAUUCUUCAAGCUGGGUCUACAUCUUCACAGGCACUAUUUUCCCCCAGCAGCCAGAUACUUUCUAUGUCAUUGUACUGGUUUUCUUUCCUCUUUUCUUUUCUCCUUUUUUUCUCACAAAACUCUGAAUUCAUUUGGGUAGAGUAAGAAUUCUGAUUAAAACCACUUCUGUAGGAACACCACACAGAAAAAUAAUUUCCCUAAUAGAAAAUAGUAAUGAAGCUUAUUCUCAUUGUACUAUUUAAAACACGGAAGAAAUAUUUUUUAAAUAUAAUAAAUGUACACUCCCCUUUUUAUA